AUGCCAGAUAAUGUUCCAGGUGGUACCGUUACUAUUUACCAUCCAAAUAAUAUACCUCAAUUCUCCCCCCGCAAUGAAUCUUGGUUGUUAUGGAAAGAAAAACUUGAUAUUCAUUUCACUGAAAUAAAUUGCACUGAAGAAAGUACGAAAAAAGCCACUCUCUUGAAAGCUAUUGGACCAAUUGCGUAUGAAACAUUGCAUAAUUUAUGUAGCCCAGACACUCCAGUUUCAAAAACGUUUAAAGAACUUUGCAGCUUACUAAAAAUGCACUACACUCCGCCAACUAUAAUUUUUUGUGAGCGCAAAAGCUUUCACACUGCUAUACAAGGUGAAGACGAAACAGUAGCAGAAUGGCAUGCUAGAGUAAAAAAAUUAGCACUCGCAUGUAAAUUUGGUGUUCAUUUAGAUGCCUUUGUUUUGGAUCGCUUUAUUAUGGGAAUAAAUAAUAAAAUAUUUGAACGACUGUGUGAAGAGGAUGAGAAAAUUACAAUUGAAGAUGCUCUCAGAAAAGCUUUAAUUAUGGAGAUGAACAUAAAUAAUUGUGGCAAUUCAACUGAGCUCUACAAAGUUUCAAUUAAAAUCGAUGGAAUUCCAAUUGAAGUUGUUUGUGAUUCAGGUGCUCCAUGCAGUUUGGUAUCGAAAUCAUUUGUUGACAGUCUAAAUAAAAAAGUAAGUCUCAAGUCCUGUACUGAUCCAUAUGUCGAUUUUAAUGGAAAUAAAAUUAAGGUCCUAGGACAAUAUGAUGAAAUAAUUGAAUUAAAAGGUACAAAGAAAACAGUGAAGCUGGUAGUAACUGAUAGUAAUAAUAAUCCUUUGUUUGGUAGAAACUUUCUACGCACAUUUAAUUUUGAACUUAUUCAAGUAAACUCAGUUAGUUCUGAUCAAUAUACCAUUAUAACUGAGCAAAUUAAAAAUGAAUUUCAUGAAAUUUUUAGUAGUGGUCUUGGAAGUUAUAAGUUUGGGAAAAUAUCUUUGGCCAUAAACAGUGAUGCAACACCUAUUUUUUGUAAACCACGUCCUGUGCCUUUGGCCUGGAAAGGAAAAAUUGAAAAUAAUUUAAGGGAACUAAUAGCAAAUGACGUAUUAGAACAAGUAGACCAUUCAGAAUGGGGUACACCACUAGUACCAAUUUUAAAACCGAACGGUGAUAUUCGUAUCUGUGGCGACUAUAAGGAGGUCAAUUAUUUUCAAAAUUGGACUUAUCAAACGCUUAUAACCAACUUAUUCUUGAUGACAAAUCACAGCUUUUAUGUACCUGGUCUACGCAUAUUGGAACUUUGAAAAUGAAACGAUUACCUUUUGGUGUCAAACCUGCCGCUGCAAUAUUCCAAAAAACAAUGGAGAACUUAUUGCAAGGAAUACCAUUUGUGGUUGUAUAUCAAGAUGAUAUUACAGUAUCGGGUAAAGAUAUGAAUGAACAUAUUCGAAAUUUGAAGUCAGUGUUAAAUAAAUUAUUACAAGCUGGACUUAAGCUUAAUUUAUCUAAAUGUAAAUUUUUCAAAGAAGAAAUUUCAUACUUAGGUUUCACAAUUGACAGGUUUGGUCUUAGGAAAAAUAAAGAAAGAAUUAAUUCGGUAUUAAAUGCCCCCAUUCCUAACAACGUUUCAGAAUUACGUGCAUUUAUAGGUCUUGUGAAUUAUUAUGCAAAGUUUGUUAAUAAUUUUGCAAAAAUUAUGACUCCUUUGUAUAAGUUAUUACAGAAAAAUGUUAGAUUUGAGUGGUCCGAAAGUUGUCAAAUAGCCUAUGAUACAAUAAGAAAAGAAAUUACUUCUGAAAAAGUUCUGGUGCACUUUAAUCCAAAGUUACCAAUUUUCCUCACAACUGACGCAUCAGACUAUGCCAUAGCUGGUGUACU